AUGCUCUUGCUACCACUCCCACUCCCAAUCUUCUUCAGCAGCCUCGCCCUCUACGCCCUCCCCAUUCUCAGUCAAGAAACGCAAACAAUAGAAGUCGUCGCAACGACGAUAACCCAUUACUACACGAUCGCAGCCUCCACUGUCCCCCUCUCGCCUCAGUAUACGAGUUCUCUCGAUUUCCGCACCUCCGUCCUCAACUCGACCAAUUUCUACCGCUACGAACACUCCGCCUCUUACAUCUAUUGGAACGAAUCACUCGCCGAAUACGCCCAGUCCUACUCCGAACAAUGCAUCUGGGAGCACUCGCACGGAGUUUACGGCGAGAACCUCGCUCGGGGAUAUACGAACGUCACAGCCGCAGUGGAAGCCUGGGGCAACGAACGCGAGGACUAUGAUUUUGACGAGAACGAUCCAACGGGUUUCACGGAGGCAACGGGCCAUUUCACCCAACUGGUCUGGAAAAGUACACAGUCUACGGGAUGCGGGUGGACUGACUGUGACGGGAAGAACGGGCUUGACGGUGUUUUCCUCGUCUGCGAAUAUUGGCCGCCCGGCAAUAUCAUGGGAGAUGAUAAUCGCUGGUUCAUAGACAACGUCGAGCCCGAGCGAAGUGGUGGCGACAACGGAUUCGAUGAGCUCGAGGCCACGCAGGGUGCGACCGGUGAUGUUCCCAGCUCCACGGGCUCGUCGAACAGUCCUCCUGCGAGCGCGACGAGUCCUGGUGGAGAAUCACUCGGCAGUCCGAGCAUUGAGGUCGAUCGGAGUCGGUUGCUCACUGCAGUGUGCGUCACGGUUGCCGCUGUUUUGUUUGGCCUGGGGAUGUCUUGA